UUUUUAAGUGGAACUCUCUUCGCAGCUCUUGUUUAACCCGAGCCCCUAUCUCAGAUGAACACUCACCCGCACACGAGUCUGAAUCCUUUUGCUUUGUACAUGUCAAAGUAGUUUGAGCUAUGGCUGCUAAUAUAGUCAAGGAGUCUGAAGCAAAACUUGAAGUCGUGUUGGGCUUCGUAGAGGAGGCAGAAUCAUGGCAGCUCCUUAGUAAUCAGUUUCCAAGUAAAGUCGGAGGGAGACCCGCGUGGUUGAGCCAGGUGGAUUUGCCAAGUGUUUCUGAGUUACUGUGUGAGAAAUGCAAACUGCCAACAGUGUUUCUUCUGCAGGUGUAUGCACCAAUUACUGGAUCUGAUCGAUGUUUUCACAGAACACUGUUUGUGUUCUGCUGCAAGACACCAGCCUGUUUUACUGGAAAUGACAACAAGUGUUUUAAAGUGUUCAGAUGUCAGCUGCCAAGGAAAAAUGACUUUUACCCCUUUGAUCCUCCUGAUGAGAAGCCAGUGCACCUUGUGGAAGAUCAUCAGGUUCUGGUCACUGGGCUCAAAUUGUGCAGGCUGUGUGGUUGUCUUGGACAGAAAGCCUGCUCUCGUUGUCACUCUGUCACAUAUUGCUGCAAAGAGCAUCAGACCAUUGACUGGAAACACCGUCACAAGAAGGAAUGUGCAAAUGAGGUUUCUCAAAACUCAGAGGAGCACAAUUCAUUUUUGUUUCCUGAGUGGGAGCUGGUUACUGAACCAGAAGAGCUUCCAGCAAAAGAGAAAGCCCAUGAAUCACACAGUCUGGAUCAGGAGAGCAUGGCAUGCUUAAAUAAUGGUUUGGAAGAAAGUGAGCUAGAGAGUAUGGCUUUCCAUGAAACACAGGAAUCAAAAGUUUUUCAGAAGUUUAAGGAGCGCAUUUAUCAUGAGCCACAACAGGUUUUGCGGUAUUGUAAAGGAGGGACUCCUCUUUGGGUGUCAUCUGAACAUGUGCCACACGUGGAGGAUGUUCCAAAAUGUCCAUGUGGUGCUAAACGUGUCUUUGAAUUUCAGAUCAUGCCUCAGUUGCUUAAUCACCUCAAAGUGGAUAGAACAGAUGCCAGCAUAGACUGGGGGACAGUGGCCAUCUACACAUGUGCUGAUAGCUGUGACCAAGGCAACAAAUAUUCUGCUGAGUUUAUUUGGAAACAAGACUUUUCAGCAGAUCAAGCAGUGUAGAAUUACACUGAGUUAAUGAAAAUGAGUCAUUAUGGACUAUUUGGCAAAAUAGGAUAUGUAUAAAAAAAAGCACUUUUGUAUUAUAUGGGAACUUUAGUGAUUUGAUGUGUUAAAGGCAUUGUUUCCCUUACUGGCAUUAAAUUAUAAAGUAUUAACAAACCUGUUGCAAAUACUGUCGUUUAAAUGAAGUAUACAGGUGCAUCUCAGUAAAUUAGAAUGUCAUGGAAAAGUUCAUUUAUUUCAGUAAUUCAACUCAAAUUGUGAAACUCGUGUAUUAAAUAAAUUCAAU